AUGGGCGGCCUUAAUCUCGAAGUUUUCAAGUUUGGCAUGUAUGUCAUGUUCCCGAUCGGCGUCAUGUACUACUUUGGCACGAACCUCGACAACCGAUUCGCGGUGCCCGAAUUCUGGCCCAAGGCCGAGCACUCGCACAAGAUCCCCUUUGACCGCGACGAGAUCAAGAGCGAGUACAUUCGUCUGGCCAAGAGACAGCGGGCGUUUGACGAGAUCAAGAGGGAGAGGGAGGCUGCGCAGGCUGCGCAGAACCCCGCGGCUUCGAACGCGGAGCAGUCAUGA